GGUGGAUGAUGGACAUUGAAGAACUGACCAUCCAUAUAAUUAUGACAAACGACAAGCGCGCAACACUGUUGAGCAAAUGCUUGGCCGACGACCUUUAGUGGUCAUAUUACAGCAAUGUAGGCAAUACUCCUCCGCGCCCGGCUUCAAGCCUGUGCCUACCCUGCCCAAUGCAAGCCUGGACAUGUUCCGGCAACAUGCAUUUAACCAAGCAAUGCCCGCUCUACUGCCUCGACAGAUAUUUCAAGGCCUACCAGCGGUGCAAAAGUGGUUCGCCGAGGAUAGUAACCCGCAUGCUGGAGCUACAUUGAACCGGUCCUACCUUGCCCGCUACGGCUCGACAAUCGUGCCGUUAGAGAUCUCGCAUAAUGACCAGUUCAACCGUAUUGAGCAACCUCUCAGCUUCUUUCUCGAGUGCGUAUACGCCUCCUCUUCAACCUACCGGCCCCGUCCAAGCCGUUACUUCAGCGCCUACGUACCCAAUGCACGUGCGAUCAAACAGACCAAGCGCUCUAACGAGUUCUUCAGUGCAGCAACAAUCACGCCACCCACCGCUCGCAUCUACUUGGCGCAGGCUCCAGUUGCAAACCUCCCACACUCUUUGCGAGCGGACGUUCCCACACCCGACAUCGUUCUGAAGGCAGGGCAGGGCGACAUCUACGACUCUUCUAUCUGGCUGGGCCAGGCUCCCACUUACACACCGCUACAUCGUGAUCCGAACCCGAACUUGUUCGUUCAACUAGCUGGUACGAAGAUUGUGCGGCUGUUCAGUCCGGAGGUGGGUCGGGCCAUCUUUGCCAAGGUGCAGGAACAAAUUGGCGGAGCGGCCUCGGCCACUAUGCGCGGCGAAGAGAUGAUGCACGGAGCGGAACGCAAAGCUCUAGAAGACGCGGUUUGGAAUGAACAAGCGGCAAAGCUGAACACAGGCUUCGAAGCCGAGCUUGAAACUGGAGACGGCAUGUUCAUACCAAAAGGGUGGUGGCACAGCAUUAAGGGCAUGGGCAGUGGAAUGACUGGAUCAGUGAGCAUCUGAUUGAAUGCAAUGAGCUGUUCUGGCCUUUUGCUAACCUGGGGGCCAUAGGUGAACUGGUGGUUCCGAUGAGAUCACCCUAUGCUGGUGCUUGCGGAUCCACCGCCAGAUGCAGACCGAGAGCACACUCUUCACGAAGACAAACGGUUGCAUCAAGCUCGCAACAUCUCGCGGCAUCGUUAAAAGG